AUGGCCGGAAAGAGCGUAUUCAUUGUUGGAGCCAAAAGAACGGCGUUCGGUACAUUUGGAGGAAAGCUAAAGAAUAUUUCAGCUACUGAACUCGGAGUUUAUGCUUCGCAAGCGGCUCUCAAACACGCUAAUGUUUCAGCCGAGAACGUUGAUCAUGUCAUAUUUGGUAAUGUCGUUGCUAGUUCGAGAGAUGGCAUCUACUUGACGAGACAUAUUGGAUUGAAGGCGGGAGUUCCACAAAACGUCGGAGCGCUCACGGUCAACAGACUUUGCGGAUCUGGAUUCCAGUCGAUCGUUAACGCAUCGCAAUAUAUCAAGCUCGGCGAUGCCAGUAUUGUUCUAGCUGGAGGAACUGAAAACAUGUCGAUGGUCCCAUUUGCGGUGCGAAACAUUCGAUUUGGAACUGCUCUUGGUGUCAAAUAUGAGUUCGAGGAUAUGCUUUGGGAUUCGCUUUCGGAUCCGUAUGCAAAACUUGCCAUGGGACAGACUGCGGAGAAACUCGGAGCUCAAUACAAGGUCACUCGUCAGGAGGCUGAUGAAUUUGCAUUGAGAUCGCAAGCAUUGUGGAAGAAAGCACAAGACGCGGGCAUUUACAAAAACGAGAUCAUUCCAAUUACCGUAAAGGGAAGAAAAGGAGAAGAAUCGUUCGAGAUUGAUGAGCACCCACGUCCAACUACCGCUGAAAGUCUCGCUAAACUGAAGCCAGUGUUCCAGAAAGACGGACUCGUCAAUGCUGGAAACGCCUCGGGAAUUUCUGACGGAGCUGCAGCUCUUGUUGUUGCCGGAGAAGAUGCUGUUAAGGCGAAGGGAUUGAAACCAUUGGCCCGUGUUGUUGCUUAUGCCGCCGUUGGAUGUGAUCCAACCAUCAUGGGAAUUGGUCCAGCUCCAGCUAUUCGCCAAGUUCUUAAACUUUCCGGUCUUAAAAUCAACGAUAUCGAUUUGUUCGAAGUGAAUGAAGCUUUUGCUCCACAGGCACUCGCUGUUCAACGUGAAUUGGGAAUUCCAAUAGAGAAAUUGAACCCGAAUGGAGGAGCUAUUGCUUUGGGACACCCGCUUGCCGCUUCCGGCGCAAGAAUUUCUACUCAUAUCGUUCAUGAGCUUCAAAACAAGAAUUUAAAGUACGGAAUCGGUUCGGCUUGCAUUGGAGGAGGACAAGGAAUCGCCAUUCUUUUCGAGAAAGUCUAA